UAUUCCUAGAACGGUGGUGAGUUCUGCGAUCUGAUGUAGCGAAGAACACCUCCAGAGCGGUCGAAACAAUAGAAGAUGUUGUGAAGAUAGUGGCAGAGCGGCGGGGGUGAAUGCGCAGCGGCCGUAUAAAAGGAUCACUCGCCCCGAACACAUCCACUCGUCGCCCGCAAUGAUCUUGAUCAAGUUGCUGCCGUUGUGGCUGACGUUGUCGCUGAUGACGGCCGCCACGCGACCUGAGCGGCGCCGCAGGGACGUUUUCAACCGGGCCAUCAGGUGGGAAUCACCUUUCGAGUUGCAGCGACACAGGAUGUGGCCAAAGCGGUCCCUUGGACAUUACAGUCGUUGCUCGUGCGCAGAGGUGGAGGGAACGGAGGACCUGGGUCCCAGCUACUGGCCGCGCAAGGUGUACUCGCGCAAGUGCGCCAGCAACGAAGCGUCUUCGGACUUCACGAUGAGUGGCAGAUGCGAGCCCGACGGCGAGGAUAUCAGCGGGGUGGAAUGUCAUCAGCGCACGCACCCGAUCAAGGUGUUGCGCAGGCGGGAGCCGAAUGAACAGACGCAGAGCAGUAACACCAUCCCGCCAGAGCUGCAGGAGGGGUGGGUAUUUGUGGAAAAAAAAAUCAACACCGCGUGCGAGAUGAUCCGCUACAGUGACAGACCAACUCGCUAGUUGGAAUCACGAGCGAGCCCCCGAUGACGACGACUGCGAUCAGAUUGACCACCGUAUAGUCAAAGUUUAGAUCACUGUUAUACAUUUCCCUGUAAACAUGCAUUCUUUCAAACGCGCCGCUUCUCUUGUACUUGAACUGCAUUGGAAAUUCUUGUAUUCGUAAAGGUUUUAAUGUUGCAAGGUCUUGGCUCAGGGACCUCUAAUUUGCCUGCUGACGGUCAAAAUGGCGUCGACACAGAGGCACAACUGUACGUUUUUUGACCUUCAGUUCUUUUUGGUGCCAAUUUUUAUGAUCAAUUUACUCCACAUUUUUGUCGAAUUGUCGGUCUCUGAUCCGCCCACCCUUAUUGUCACGACUUGGAAAUCAUUUGAGGCUGGUGUUCUUUCGAAUCGACGGAUUUUGCUUUUCGUAAUUUAAAGUAGAAACGACUGACUGAAAAGAUUUUUUUGAAAUGAAGACUGUCCGGCUGCAGCACGCAUGAUCAUACACGAAUUCCACCAAGAACAUUUGGAUUCAGACAAGCGGAAAGUUUUGGCAGAUUGUGAUACUAAACUGUAAGAAUAGAGGCUAGGUAAAAAGUUUAUUUGACCGAGUGAUAGCUUUCUCAUUUUUAUUUAAUUUCUCUGCUGAUCUCACUACAGAACGUAAGAAAUGUAAACACCAAAAAUACAUUAAAACUGGGUUGCUAUAACGACGUAAGCCGCGCGUUUCAAAAGAAAUUUCCCUCUAUGCUUGACACAACGUGUCCAUCUUCCUUAUUAUAUAAUAAGUGUCAAAAAACCUUAAUGUACGAUCUUGAACAGAUUUACACCCAUACCCACAGAGAACGAAAGACAUGAAAACAAGUAGAGAAUCCAGGAGAAAGAUGACCUUCCUUUCUGCUUGUGUUUAAUAGCUGCCAAAUUUUUUCCUGUUCUGAUAUAUAUACCGACGAAAUCACACACAUUUCAGUUGUAAUAAUAUUGUGCUUGCUCCGUUGUUUCGAUAGAAUAAAUGAUUGCCGUGUCGCAUUAUUCCUGCAAUUAAAAACUGACUGUCAAGAGUUAUUUUACCAAUAAAACAAAACGUUGCAAGUA